UGUAGAAUUGAUUCCAAUCCAUCACAACUAAAUCUUGUUUUCGCACCCCCACCACCAAAAUUCAACACCACCCACAUCAUAUUACCAUCAUCAUCCGUAGCUAAUUCUAAGAAAUGGAAGAACAUGGUUUCAUUCUUCCAAGGUUUUUCCACUGGUGGUGGCAGAGGAAGGGAUAUCCAGAGCCUCAAAGUUGAGCUCUAUGAAACAAUUUCACCACUUGACCGUGGCGCCGAGGCUAGUCUUGAAGAUCAACAACGUGUGGACAAGAUUGCUUGUAAACUUGAGGCUGUGAAUUGUGUUAAGGAGCCUCUUAACUCUGAUUUGCUCAAUGGAAAAUGGGAGCUUUUAUAUACAACUUCUCAAUCAAUUUUGCAAACACAGAGACCGAAAUUCCUGCGACCAAUUGGAAAGAUCUACCAGGCAAUUAAUGCAGAUACAUUGAGAGCUCAGAAUAUAGAAACUUGGCCAUUCUACAACCAGGCCACUGCCAAUUUAGUGCCACUUAACUCAAGAAAGGUAGCUGUCAAGUUUGACUUCUUCAAGAUUGCUAGUCUGAUACCUAUAAAAUCACCCGGAUCUGGUCGCGGUCAAUUGGAAAUUACUUAUUUGGAUGAAGAUUUAAGAAUAUCCAGAGGUAAUAGAGGCAACUUGUUUAUUUUGAAAAUGGUAGAUCCAUCCUACAGAGUCCCUCUUUGAAGUGUGUUCUCCAAGAAUUGCUCCUGGUAGUAGUAGUGGAUGUCUUCAACUUACACUUCUCUACAUGAACUUAUAUGCAACCAACAUUCAAGUCAAGAAACAAAGGUUCACUUUGUCUAGAAUUUGAAUUUCUGUCCUUUUAUGCUAUAUCAAACAAACCGAAAAGUCGAGGCCCCUUGUUUCUUGUGAAACGGAGGGGGUACACGCCCCCCUCUAAAAUCUUUAGCUUAUAAAUUUCGAUUUCGCAUA